AUGGGUGGUCUCGGAAAAACCACUCUUGCUCAAUUGGUCUUCAAUGAUAAAUCGGUGGAGGCACAUUUUGAUAAACGCAUGUGGGUUUAUGUGACUGAAAACUUCAAUAUUCACAAGAUUUUAAAAGAAAUCCUGAAGAGCCUUGUAGAAAGGAACACCUUAACAAAUCUGGAUGUUAUUCUCCGCUGCCUCCAAGAGAAUUUGGGUGGAAAGAAAUUCUUACUUGUACUUGAUGAGGGGAAGAUUGCUGGACCAUAUUCAAAAAUAAAAAAUAGAGCGUUUGCGGAAGGAGGAGCGCUAGAGACUCCAAAGUUGGUUGAAAUAGGAAGGGAAAUAGCAGAUAAAUGUAAGGGCUUACCUUUAGCCGCAAAGGCUCUUGGAGGGUUGAUGUACUCAAAGAAAGAAGAAGAGGAAUGGGUGUCUGUCCAAAACAGUGAAAUCUGGGACUUAUCUGAAUCUGAAUCAUCUGGAAUCUUACCUGCAUUAAUGCUGAGCUAUGACCAUUUGCCAUCACAUCUAAAACAAUGCGUUGCUUAUUGUUCCCUAUAUCCUAAGGGUUUUAUGAUCGAUAAAAUUGCACUUAUUCAACAAUGGAUGGCACAGGGAUUCAUUCAACAUCAAGGGUCGACAUUGGGUGAAGGUAGAAAAGAAAUGGAGGAUAUUGGCAAUGACUAUUUCAAUCACUUGUUGUGGAACUCUUUCUUUCAGGAUGUGGAGAUGGACAGGUUUGGAGACAUAAAAGCGGUGAAGAUGCAUGAUCUUGUGUAUGAUCUUACACACCAUGUUUCCAAGGCUGAAUGCAUAACAUCUAUAGAGAAAGGUCAGGAUUUAGAUAGAGUCCAAGGCAGAACUCCUAUUACUUGUGAUGAUGUUCGACAUAUGUCAGUGCAUCACCGAAAGUUAACAAAAAUACUAUCAGAGGCCUCCUCCUCAUCAACAUAUGAUCAUCGGUUGUACAAAUUGCGCACAUGCAUUGUGUGGCGUUAUUAUGAUGAGGAUGUUGAAGAGUUUCUUCAAAACUUUUCUGUUGACAAGAAGCUUUUCAAGUUUAAGUAUCUACGAUUCUUAGCUUUGGGACAACUCUGGACACUAAGGCUCAAAUAUUGCAGGAGGCUUAAAGAGCUUCCUAAAGAAAUGAGAAAGCUUAUUAACUUGAGGCAUCUUGAUAUAUGGGGAUGUAUUAACUUGCAACAAAUGCCAAUCGAGAUGGGGAGAUUACGCUGCCUUCAGACGCUACCCAUAUUUGCAGUGGGUCAGGGCGUUGGACAUGGUAUUACAGAGUUGCAACACCUAAUAAAUCUAAGAGGUUGGUUAUCAAUUACAAAGCUGGAGAAUGUGAGCAGUGUAAGAGAAGCCAAGGAGGCGAAUAUAAAGGACAAGCAAAAUAUCCAACGAUUGGAUUUGGUAUGGGGUAGCUGGUGUAAUUUGGAUACCAACACCAUCGAUGAUGAUAUUGAACAUGAUAUACUGGAAGCCCUGCAACCUCACCCAAAUUUGAAAGGGUUGCAAAUUACUGACUUUAAGGGCAGUAGAUUUCCUCUAUGGAUUAUAGAGAUCGAUUCUUUCCUCCCCAAUUUGGUCGAAAUCUAUCUAAUGGCAUGCUGGAGAUUAGAAAAUGUUCCCAUGCUUGGCCAUCUACCAUUGCUUAAGGAUCUUUGGUUACAGGAAAUGGCGUUCAACUAUAUCCAGUUUCAUGGAGUAGUCAACAAUUGCAAUAAUAGAAAUGCAGGUCAUGGUGAUGCUGGUAGUGGUAACCGAGCAAGAACGGUAACAUUGUUCCCAUCGUUGAAACACUUGUGGCUGAUAGACAUACCUAAUUUAGUAGAGUGGAAGGAAGCUUCAUCAUCUUGCUCUUCUAAUUCCAUUUUCCCUUGCCUUGAGGAAUUCACUAUCGAGAAUUGCCCUAAGUUGACAGUGACACCAAAUCGUCUGUUUCCUUCUCUCGAGGCAUUGGUGAUUGAAUCAAAAAAUGCCUUAUUGAUAAAAGGAGGAGGAUCCUUUGUAGCCAAUCUCAGGUCUCUUGUUGGCCUUCAGAUAAUCAACUGUGAAGAGCUUACGGUACUACCGGAAUGGUUACUCCAAAACAACAAAAAUUCCCUCCGCCAGUUGCAAAUUACCGACUGUCCCAGGCUUGAACCUAUUCCCAUGGAAAGACUACAAGUCCUCUUCACAUCUCUCCAAUGGUUGAACAUAACCGGUUGCCCGUUAAUGCCAGAUGUUUCAUGCUUGGAUGACUUUCAGAAAUUGUUAGGACAAGAAAGAAAAUAA